AUGCAUCCCCAAUUCCUCUUGGCAUUUGUUGCCCCCAUCCUAGCCACUUCCUACCGCUUCAAUCCUUUGGAACAUUCCGCUGGCAUCGCACCUUACUUUGUUCCUCAUGAUCCUCCCCUCGAAUCUUCUCCUCCCCAAGGAUGCAAUGUCACUCGAGCAGCUUAUCUCGUCCGCCAUGCUGCCAUCUACGCCAAUGAUUUUGACUACGAAUCCUACCUUGGACCUUUCGUGAAGAAGCUGCAAAAUACGUCCCAGGAUUGGUCAUCAACUAGCACACUCCGAUUCUUGUCGAAUUGGACCGCGCCGGUAACCGAAGCGCAUCUGGAGAAACUCACCCGUGUUGGUAUGCAAGAAGCGCGGUCGCUGGGUAGAAGUCUACAGAAGAGUUAUGCCCAUCUCAAGACUCCCACGAAGGUCUGGUCAUCGACUGCGGAGCGAACAAUGAAGAGUGCACAAAGCUUUAUUUCGGGAUUCACCGGCAACCAUACCAGCUCCGUCAACCUGAUUCAAGUCGAGGAAAGCAAGAAGGCGGGCGCUGAUUCCUUAACACCCUACGAGGGUUGCUCUGCGUAUAGCUCUUCAUACGGCAGUGAUCAGUCAUCGGCAUUUGGAGAAGUUUACACGAAGCCCAUCAUCGCUCGUCUCAACGCUCAAGCACGCACUUUCAACUUCACCCAAGAUGACAUCACUGGCAUGUUCGAGCUCUCCGGCUAUGAGACAGUCAUUCGAGGCUCUUCGCCAUUCUGCUCUUUGAACCUAUUCACGUCAGACGAAUGGCUCAGAUUCGAGUACGCCAAUGACAUAAUGUACUUCCACAACACCGGUUACGGUCGAGAGCUUUCCCCCAGUCUCGGAUUCCCGUGGUUGAAUGCCAGUGUUGCAGCGCUUGACGACGAUUCAUCGACACAAGAGCUAUACAUCUCCUUCACGCAUCGUGAACUGCCGCCCACAGUCAUUACCGCACUCGGACUUUACAACAACAGCGCGUAUACUGGAGCGAACAACGUGAAUAGUACCAUGCCGGAGGACAAGAUCAAUUACAACCGUGCCUGGAAGAGUAGUCAGAUUCUUCCAUUCCUCACAAAUAUCGCUAUUGAGAAGAUGUCAUGCGAGAGUUAUGGAUUCGAUGACGGUGAGUACUAUAGGAUCUUGAAUAAUGCUGGUCCACAGCCAUUGGUGGACUGCCGCGAUGGUCCGGGUGGAAGCUGUGCGAAGGGGCAGUUCCAUGAUUUCUUGAAGCAGCGAGACGAGUUAUUCCGGAGAUUACAACAAAGCGUGUGGCAGUGA